AUGAUCACUUUGCGCAGCAGACAUGUGCCAAAGGCGCCAAAGGCGAAGCCCAAGGCCAGAUCUGCGACGAGCCGUUUCACGCGGAGGUCAUAUCUGCGUCGCAAGCCCCCGCUGCUGAAGACCAACGCUGUGGUGCACUUGGACUCGCCGGUGGAGGUGCCGGUGCCAAGCGUGGAGCUGUCGGCUCCAACGCGCUUGCACAGCUUCGCGGCCCACGGGCACAAAGCCCGGUGCGGGGUGAAGGUGCCCUUUGCAGUCACCAGCUGCUGCACGCUGGCCGGCCGCCUCGCCACGGGAGGAGAGGAUGGCUUUGUGCGAAUCUGGAACGCUGUGACCGGGGAGCAAGUAUUUGCGAUCCGGGCGCAUGAAGGCGGUGUGCUGUGCGUGACCCCGUUUCCAAAUGGCAGGUGUUUUCUGACCGGCGGCUGCGAUGGGUUCGCCAAGAUUUGGAAGAUACAGGGCAGCAGCAAGCCUUCCCUUUUCGCGUCUUUGAAUCACAGAUUUGUGGUUGUCUCUGGGGUUGUCUAUCCCGACGGUUGUCAGCUCAUCACCCUUGGAUUGGAUGGCGUUGCCAAAGUUUGGCGUGUGGAGAAUGAGGAGUUUCUUUGUCAAGGCGGUGCGGGUCUCAGCGCGUUGACCAUCUCACGCUUCGGGGGCAACGUCUUCACCGCGGGCAUGCGGGGGCAAAUCGAGCGGUUCUCCGACGAUGGGCAGCUGCUGUGCCAAUUCAGCGGCCACGCUGGGCCGGUGAAUGCAGUGGUGGUCUUUCCCAACCAGUCCCGUGUGGUGACUGCAGGUGAUGAUGGCCAACUUGUGGUGUGGCUGAUGUCAGGGAAAGAAGCGCUGAGACUGGAGCCGUAUCAGUCCCCAGUGCUUUGCGUGGAUGUGUCGCCCUGCAGUCACUGGAUCCUUUCAGGCAGCAAGGAUGGAGUGGCACGCUUGUCCAGCGCAAAUACUGGCAAGACGGUUUGCAGUUGGCAGCUGGGCCAGGCCUUUGGCAGAAGCACUGGCGUCACCAUGGAGGUUGCGGAGCGCUCGCAGUUGGAGACGCGCCAGGUCUUCUAUGAAGUGGAAGGGAUCAGCUUCGCUGGCAAAUUCACGCCCGUGUCCACCGCGAUCUCGCAAGUCGCCCUGCUGGCCUGCGCGCGCGCGCGCAAAGUCGAGGAAUUUAAGUCCAUGGCAGAUGGCUCCGUGGUUCUGCUGAAAGUCCCAGUGGAGACGUGGAUCUCUGAAGGAGCGCGUGGCUGUUGCUUUAGCAGCAUCCCGCCCAAGGCAACAAAGAGCUUGAGGCCUGCGGCUUCUGUGGCACAUGCUUUGUGCUGGCUGGAGCAUUCGGACUUCAAGUGUGGCAGCUCCCAGCGGCAAGAGACCAACCUGCUGGCCUCCAUUCAGGAUCUCCUGAAAGAGCAAGAGAAACGCCUUGCCGAUCGUUUAUUGGCCGAGCUGCCUCUCCAGCCAAAGGCCAUUCCUGCCAAGAGUACUUCCGUGACUGUCGAGCUGCCACAACUGCCAAAUGUGCCCGACGAACCCAUUGUGCUACCCGAGAAGCAGAGACAGCAGAGCAAGGACCAUUCCAUCAGCGAUGUGCAGCGCGAUUCUCUCGUUGGGCGGCAGACAACUGAUUCCAAACUGGAGGCGACCGCAGCGGAAAAAGCCGAAGCAAAAGCCGAAGCAUCCCGAGCGGAAGCAGCCAGAAACCGGAUGACCAAGUCAGUGACGGCGCACUUACAAGCUGAGAUGCAAGAAAGCAGCCACCAGGCAUUUAAGAAGUUUGGAGAUCCGAUAUUGGAUACCGACACGAAGGUGGAGGUUCUGCAAAAGAAGGCGCGGCUCUUCCUGGAAACGCCCACGUUUGGAAAAGUGCUGGCCCUGGUCAUCCUGGUAAACUGCUUCAGCUUGGGAUGGCAAGUGGACUGGGGCGUGCAGAACUACAUGCACGAGGAGCCUGUAGUUUUCGAGGUCUUCACAGUGCUUUUCAUGAUUGUCUUUUUGCUGGAGUUCUUGCUCCGAUGCUUCGCCUUUGGCAAGUACUUAUUCCACUGCCAGAAUGCUGAACUCGGGUGGAACAUCUUUGAUUGCGUCCUGGUGCUAAGCUCAAUUGUGGAUGAAAUCAUGAGCAGAGCUUCCGAGGGAAUCAACGUGACUGCUUUGCGGGUGCUGCGGCUAGCACGGCUGCUCCGCAUCCUGCGAGUCUUUCGAGUUGUUCGCUACUUCACAGAUCUGCGGGUCAUGGUGCAAGGAAUCCUGCUGUCGUCCAAGACCUUGAUUUGGGCCCUGGCUUUGCUUUUGAUCCUAAUGUUUUCGGUCACAGUCUGCAUUCUUCAGUUGUUGCGCCCGCAUUUGCGAGCGUUGGAAUCGGCGACUGAAAUAGCUGACCUGAACGAUUCAUUUGGCUCGCUGGUGAUUGGGAUCUUUACACUCUUCCAAGCCAUGUCAGGUGGGGUCGACUGGGGCGAGGUUGCCAUCAAGUUGGGGAAAGUCAGCUGGGUCCUGGCGGUGCUUUUCUGCGUAUAUAUGGCAUUUGCGCUCUUCUGCGUCCUGAACGUCAUGACGGGCGUGUUCGUGGAAAACGCCAGCAAAAUGACUUCUGCCGACGAGGAGAUGUGCAUGAUGGAGGAGGUCCGCGCUCGCAAGGAGUAUGUGGAAACCGUCAGUCGGCUAUUUGCUGACUGCGACAAGGACAAUUCAGGAGCUGUGGAUUGGGAGGAGUUCCAAGAAUGUGCGGAAGACCUGCGGUUCCAGACAUGCUUCAAGAAGCUUGGGAUUGUCCUGGACACGGAGGCUGAUCUGCGGAAUGUGUUUCAAAUGCUGGACUUUCAGAACAACGGCAGCGUUUCAGUGGAGGAGUUCGCUAUUGGAAUCCAGAUGUUCAGCGGCGGGGCAAAGAGCAUUGACGUGGCCAGGCUGAUGUUUGAGGUUGCCACGAUCAAGAAGUACAUGACCGAUAUGUAUGGCGCACUGGUGGGCCCUGUCGCGAAGGAGGACAAGAAUUCUUCCAUGAAUUUCUCUGUCAACGCGGAGACAGCAGAGGCACAAGCUUGGGGGCCUCAGGACCUGUGCCUGCACCGCGGUCCCAAGGCGCUGACGAGCUUCGAAGCCGAGAGCGAAGCGGCGAAGGCGCAGGAAGAGCUGGACGCGGAAGCCGAUAGCGCAAGCCGCAUGGCAGCUAAAGCGGAUGAGGCUGACCGAAGUGCAGGAGAUCCUGAUGAAAUAGCGCGGCAGGAGCAGCAUUUGCCGAAAAAUGCAAUCCCAUCUCGUGUCCUUCUUGUCCGGUGUGCCCAUCGUGCCCCCGCGGCUACAAGCACCCGGAUGGACCAGGUGAGCCUCCGGUUGUGCAGGGCAAGAUUGUUUGCAACAGCAUGGCGAACAAUUGCCCUUUCUGUCCGGCCUGCGAGUGCCCAGAAUGCCCGAAGAAGUGCGAGCCCUGCCUCAAGAGGCCUCCAAACGACCCCCCGACGGUGGUUCUGGGCCAGGAUGGGGAGCCGCAUGCCACCAACGGAGGGCCGGAGAAUCCGCUGGUGCAGGCCAUCAAUGAUGAUGUGA